AUGCCAUUAACAGUGAUUUGUCAGUUUCAUUUGCGAGGUGAAUGCCGGUACGGCGUUCAGUGUUGGAACUCGCAUGAAGCGAAAACUUUUAGGGAACAAGCGAUUAUUGAUGCUGCUAGGAACGAAGCGAUUCUGAAGACUUCAAGGAGAUUAUUUGCCAGAGAAGUUUUAAGGGCUGUUCAAGGUGAUCAAAGAAGUAUCAAUAGCAUGAAUGCCUUUAUGGAAGUACUACGAAAAGAUAAUAAUUGGGAAAGGCUAGAUACUAUUGCCGAUCUUACUAAUACCUUUAUAGCACAACUAGGAGUAGAUGAUCAUUAUGCAAACCCAGCUCAAAGUACUAGUACCAACGCUUUCAUUGUACAAGUACAUGCUCUUUGUGCAAGGCCGUCUCAAAAUGCUAGUACCAGUACCAAUAGUACUAAUGCCUUAACCAUGCAAGUACAAACACAAGAACUUCAAUUGCAGCCUGAAGCAUCCACGAGACCAAUAUUAAAACAACCUGACAAUUCUAAAAUAGCAAUGGAAAUGGUGGCGAACGAACUUUCUGUGGCAAUGAAAACAGGAAAUGGCAAUAGCGAAAAAGAGACUGCGAGUAAUUUUCAUGCACUUCAUCAAAAAAAGAUGAAAGAAAGUACUGGAAAUCAUGGUUCUGUGUGGGAUGAUAUUUUAUUGUCUGCUAUUGACAGUAAUUUACUGUGCAAUAUCUGUUUUGAAAUCUUUAUUAAGCCGACUGUGCUUAACUGUUCACACACGUUUUGUGAAUCGUGCAUUCUUAUUUGGACAGACCGUGUCAUAGCAUGUCCAAUUUGUCGUGUGGAAGUUAAAUCAAAAUCAUAUUGUUUGACUUUAGAAAGCUUCAUUGAAAAGAUUGUUGAACAUUUGCCGAAGGAAAUUAAAGAUAAGCGUGAAGUAGUCAUAAAAGACCGCAUUAAUAUGAAAAUCGAAAGACCUCAACGAGUGACUCAUAGAUUUAACAGAAAUGGUCAUUCCGGAUUAAUGUAUGCGCGACAGCAGUCCGAUGCUGCCAUACCACCACCACAAUACCGGCUCCCAAUGGACCGAAAUGCUGAUUUCAAUACAGACUUUCUUGUUGACGAAUCGGAAAUUUUUAGAAUGAAUUUACAUGAUACAGUUGUAAGCACUGGAGGUGUAAACCCUCUAAUGAGUUAUGUUUAUGGUCCCGAAGAACAAACCUCAAAUACACGCAUAACUCGUCCAUAUAACUCUUCUACUCGUCACUAA